AUGGAUACAGUGAAAAAUAUUUCUAAGAUAUGGCACAACCUGGACAUCAUCAUUGAGAAGAUAUGCAUUUGGAUAUCGAAUGUUCUGGACAUACUGGGGAACUUCAAGUACAUGCUUAUUGGGAUAUUGAUGUAUGAAAAGUCAUCUAACGUGAUAGCCAGUGACGGGUGCAGAUUUUUCUCAAUCAUGAUGAUUCUUGUUGGGCUGGUGGACGGGUUCCAUAAGAUAUCUACAUGCAGCAUUGUGAGAAAGAUAAGCAAGACCACGACAAACAAUUAUGUGAUGAGAUUUAUAGACUGGCUUGAUGAAGUCCACUGCAUGUUCAUUGAGAUAAGAUUGAAUAUGGUUUUGGAGUAUGUAUGCAAUGCCCUGUGUGCAUUUGGACUAGGCAUGCUUUUAUAUUCUAUGGUUUUUGACUUCAAUAAAGACCGUGGCAGCUAUGGGAAGUUUGACGUGAAUAGAUGCAUCAAUUGUCUUUUUUUUUCGUUUGGAGGAUGGUGGUCGAUGUUUAAUAUAGGAUCUACCAUAUACAACUUUGUUAUACACUUUUAUGGGCUUUAUAAGAAAUUCAGUGACAAUACCAUUAAGUAUUCGAAUACAUCAGGAGUGACAUUGCUUACGACAACAGCGAGCAAUGAGAAUGAAGAAUAUGGCAGCAAUGUCUAUGAAGGGAAUGGACAGGCCAGAGACACGCUUUUUAGGCUUGCAUUGCUGGGCCUGGUUAUUUCCACGCUGACCUUUAUAGGUAAUUUGAUUUUGAACGGAUCGAAGUCAUUUUCUGGAUGGCAGCUUAGCACGUUUAUUAUUGGCAAGAUUAUCCUAAUAUUGCAGUAUGUGAUGCCAUCGUUGCGAUUUUCUGGAGGUAGCAAUACGGUGUUUCUGCCGGUGGUGUUUAUAUCUCUGCUAACGCUAUACUCAUCGUUUGGAUUCAUAGCCAGAACAGUAUUAGAGCUUGGAAUUAAGGAAGCAAGUGCAAAAUCAAGCAAUGAUAAUGAAACUGCAAGUAAGAGUAAUACAGGUGGAGUCGGACAAAACUCACUUAUGCAAGUCCUGUCACAAUUAUUGUCCAAUACUUAG